AUGGCGGCGGUCGGAACACUUCCCGGCGCCGCCGCAGUCGCUGGCGCUUCUGUGCCCCAACGCCAACGCCGCGGCGGUGCCCCUUCUUUCGUAGCCGCCUACGUUCCCGAGGGCACCCGCCUCGUCUGCGAGAGGCAGCUCCGUCCGGCUCCGGUCCUCGCCUGUUCCUCCAUCCCCCCGUCUCGUCCAGCGAGGCGGCGGUUCCUCUCCGCUGCUGCGGCCGCAGCCUCCUCGGGUUCCGCUGGAGAAGCAGAGCCCCAGGGAUUUGCAGAGAGAUACCCAACCCUUGUCACAGGUUUCUUCUUCUUCUUGUGGUAUUUUCUGAAUGUAAUAUUUAACAUCCUCAACAAGAAGAUCUUCGACUACUUCCCCUAUCCAUAUUUUACAAAUUACAACACAGCUCUCGAGCCAUUCUUCAAUGCGGCUGCUUCUCAGUUUAUCCUUGGACAACCAGUUCCAUUGACACUCUGGCUAUCUCUUGUUCCAGUCGUGGUUGAACAGAAGAUAAUACUUGUGGGUGAUGUGCCAAUGCUGCAUAGUUCUUAUUUAGGGGUGGAGGAUAGGUUCAGGUCACCUGCUAAAAUGUCAUUUAUUUUGGUGGAGUAG